AUGGCCGCCCCCACCUCCAAGACUUCGUUCACCAUUGGCACCCGCAAGUCCAAACUUGCCCUCGAACAAACCGAAUUGGUAUGCGCCGCGUUGAAGAAUUCACACCCCAACUAUGAAUUCAAGAUCUUCUCCAAGGAGACCGCCGGCGACCUCAACACCACCAUUGCCCUGAAGGAUUUCGCUUCGAAGAAUCUCUGGACAGAAGAGCUGGAGGAGUUGAUGAUUGCUGGCCAGGUUGACUUGAUUGUCCACUCCCUGAAAGAUGUCCCCACCCUCCUCCCCGAUACCUGCACCUUGGCCCCGAUGAUGCCCCGCGAAGAUAACCGGGACGUACUUGUCGUGAAACAAGGACUGUCCUUCAAGAGCCUGGACGAGAUCCCCGCAGGCUCCGUAGUCGGAACUUCCUCGAUCCGCCGAACAGCUCAAUUGGCCCGCAAAUACCCUCAACUCAAAGUCGAAAGCAUUCGUGGAAAUAUCGGUACCCGGCUAGCCAAGCUAGAUGCCGAAGACAGCCCCUACAGCUGUAUCAUCAUUGCCGCCGCCGGCUUGUUGCGUCUAGACCUGGAGGACCGUAUUACACAAUAUCUCGACUCGAAGAACGGCAUGCUUUACGCUGUUGGGCAAGGGGCUCUUGGCAUUGAAGUCCGUAAGAAUGACACAGCCUUGCUUGAGAUGCUGCGUCAGAUUGGCCACCAGGAGACCACAUUUGCUUGCCUGGCAGAGCGCAAUCUUCUGCGAACCCUCGAGGGAGGCUGCAGUGCCCCGCUCGGAGUUGAAUCCGAGUGGGUUCAGAGCUCUGACGGAUCGAAGAAACUCCGUAUGCGCUCUGUAGUAGUCAGUGUCGAUGGCCAACAAUGUGCCCAGGUGGAAUUGGAUGGCGAUGUCAAUUCACCAGAGAGCGCGGAGGCUUUUGGUAUCACUGUGGCCAAUGCCCUGGUGGCCGACGGCGCCGGGGCGAUCCUCGAGGAAAUCCAACGCCAGAAGCUUGUCAAGGACAAUGUUUCCUCUUAA